GCUUCCUAGGGUUAGAGGCAGAUGCUUGGAAUUUAGAGUGGUAGAAAGUGGUUUUAGCAGCAGAGACAGAAGAGAAAAAUGUAGAGAGGAGGGAGUGAAAGGAUGCCAGGUCCGCAGGGAGGCGAGUUUUCCUCCAUUUCCGCUCGGCUGCCCGGAGCCCUGUUCUGUGAGCUCGCAAUGAGUCGUCGAGCCACGGAGCAGGAGGGGAGGACCGAGCCGGCCUGGAGAAUAGGGGAAAUAGAGAGUCAAAGGAUGCAGAAAGGGAGGAGGGGAGGGUUGAGGAGGCAGAAUCAGGAGAUAGGUUGGAGAAGGUUUGAGCAGAGGGAAGAGAUGAUAGGAUGGAAGAGGAGAGAGUAGCGGGGGAGAGAGAGCGAAGGUUGGGACGGCGCGAUACCAUCCGAGUAGGGGCAGAGUGGGAAGUGUUGGAUGAGAGCGAGAGGGAAAAGGAUACAAGGUAGUGGUCGGAGACUUGGAGGGGAGAUGCAAUGAGAUUAGUGGAAGAACAGCAUCUAGUAAAGAUGAGGUCAAGCGUAUUGCCUGCCUUGUGAGUAGGGGGGGAAUGUGAGAGGGUGAGGUCAAAAGAGGAGAGGAGUGGAAAGAAGGAGGCAGAGAGGAAUGAGUCAAAGGUAGACGUGGGGAGGUUAAAGUCACCCAGAACUGUGAGAGGUGAGCCAUCCUCAGGAAAGGAACUUAUCAAGGCGUCAAGCUCAUUGAUGAACUCUCCAAGGGAACCUGGACGGCGAUAAAUGAUAAGGAUGUUAAGCUUGAAAGGGCUGGUAACUGUGACAGCAUGGAAUUCAAAGGAGGCGAUAGACAGAUGGGUCAGGGGAGCAAGAGAGAAUGUCCACUUGGGAGAGAUGAGGAUCCCAGUGCCACCACCCCGCUGACCAGAAGCUCUCGGGGUGUGCGAGAACAUGUGGGCAGACGAGGAGAGAGCAGUAGGAGUAGCAGUGUUAUGUGGUAAUCCAUGUUUCCGUCAGUGCCAAGAAGUCGAGGGACUGGAGGGAAGCAUAGGCUGAGAUGAACUCUGCCUUGUUGGCCGCAGAUCGGCAGUUCCAGAGGCUGCCGGAGACCUGGAACUCCACGUGGGUCGUGCGCGCUGGGACCACCAGGAAAAAACAGCACAUAAGCCAGAAAUGGAAGGGCUUGGGCUGAAUUCUGGAGACUGAGUGUACAUCAAGAUACACCAGGCUGGGGGUAUACUUCUUACAGCACCUGCAGUGGUAAAGAUCGUCAUGUCUCUCUUUGGUGGGUACAUAAUUCUCACAAGAAGUAAGGUCCAGCUGAAUAAUGGGUGAGCUUGAAAACACCAUGACAGAGGACAUGGAACCAGAGAGAGAGAGAGAGAGACUAGAUUCCACUGUAGACAUACUGGGUUGAGUUUGGGGGCUACUUGUUUUAUUUGUUAAUGCAUCAUGUGAAAAAGGAUAGAUGUUAGGGUAGUUGUACUCUAAACAACAUGUUGAAGGAAUUGAUGUGAAAGCAUAUACAGUGUUGAAUUACUUCAAGAAGAGAUAAUGUUGAUUAAGGUUAUGCACAUGCUUAUCAGUUGAAAUGGAGCAGAUGGGAAACUAAGUAAAAAAUGACAUGAUUUGGGAACACCUCUCAGAACCUGGGGCCGAAAGCGGAAGACUGGGUGGAAACAUGAGGAAGAUUUUCAGGGCUUUUGUUUUUGUGGAAGUCCAGCAGAAAAGUAUCCUGGAGGCAUAGAGUCAGGUGAAGAGAGAGUGGGAAUUGUCAUGGUCUCCGAUUUCAGUUUUCAUGAAUAUAUUUAUGCAUAACACAUAACAUUGUCAAUACUGUUAUGUUUUGUCUUUUGCUUUCCAAGUCUUAUGUUUAGGAAACCAGAAGGAGAGGGGUUCGCCAGCUUCAGCUGGAAUGUCAGUUUGUUGUGUGAUGAGUGAUGGAAGUAAGAGGAUGUAUGGUGUAAUCAUGGAACAGAGGCCAUAAGUCUCUAAGUCUGAAUGCCUCACAGAAAGAAGGCAGAAACCUGAACCAGGACAAGGUUCCACGUUUUAUGAUCCAAGGGGACCAGAAGGACCUCUCCCAGUGAUACCAGGAGAUCUAGUGUACAUUUGAGUGUUCUGGAGGAAGUGGGAUCAACCGAGGAGAGAAGAACCAUACGAGGUGGCCAAAGCAACAAGAACGGCCAUCCAAGUGAAAGGAAGCCAGACGUGGUACCAUCUGAACCACUGCACCCGAGUCCCAACAGAGAGAAGGACACAACCAUAUAGAGAUGAGGACACAGAGGAUGCUGAUCCACCAGGCAGGAGCCCGGAAGGAGCAGGAAGAGCGAAAGCAAUCGAGACGCCAGGGAGGAGCCAAAAGAACAGCAGACCAAGUGAAAGCCAAAAUACGACAGGUGCAUCGCCUAAGGCACCCAGAAGAAGACGAAGGAAAGACAAACCCUGGAGAGAGAACCUGCGAACAACCAGUAUUCCCUCCUGUGGGGCCAGAGAGUUCAGGGAUGGGAUGGAGUAACAUGCCUGCUACUCUUAAUGACAUACCUGUUGUGGCAGACCUCCUUGAAGGAAACCCUCCACAGUGGGACCCCGAAGUACCACCUACAGAAUGGGAACAUCUCUUCCCUGAAAUUAAUACCUUUCCAGAUGGAAGCCCAGUCCGGCCUGAGGAGGGAGCCUCAGGGGAAGAAAGAGGAGGAGAGGCCUCACAAGGAACAGAAGGAGAGACCCCACAAAGAGGAGGAAAAGUCCCGCAAGCUGAAGAAAAUGGGGAUUUCCCCACAAUUGACUUUUCAGCUCUUGGAUGGUCCCCUUAACAGACAAUUGAAAUUAGAACCACAGCAGAACAAUGACAUUGACAUAACAGAAGUAACAGUGAACGCUAGUAUAGAAACAACAGACUCACUCACAAUCAAGAAGUAUGGUGUAAGCAGGAAGAGAAGAGAGGAAUCAGUCGAACAAUCCAAAAAGACUGACAAGGUUAGAAUCUCUGUUCCACCUCAACUCAUAACAGAAGCAGGAGAACUGAAGUCUAUUUCAAUCAUAAGGACCAAACCCUUACCGGAGAUUGCACUCUGUGGAUGGACACAUCACCAAACAAAGGGAGAAGUCAUUAGGGACCCGAAAGGAUGUGACCUGACAUUAAUCCAAGAAAAAGACGAGUGGGUGCUCAUCAUGAACAAGAUUGAACCAUUGGAAGGUGAAGAACAUAUAGUUGAAAUAACAAGAACAACAGUGACCGAAGGGAGUAGCAGCACGGUCAUUAGAAUUGAUCCCACCCCUGCACCUGAACAGGAAGAACCUGUGACAACUAGAACAACGACAACAACAAUGGUGGAAGCUGCUGUGAAGACUACCGUAGCUACCACUAAGAUAACAUCAACUGCCCUUACCAAGCAGUCCACUGUACCCACAAAGAAACCUGAGACAUCAGAACCAGAAGGUUUUUUUACUGACAUUUGGAACUUUAUGAUAAACACCAACAAUCUGCCUCGAGAAAAGGACAAUGUGACUCCAACUGAUGCUUUAACCCCAGAACUAUACAAGGACAACUCAUUGGAGAAAUUAGUGGGAAAUGAAUGGUAUGAAUGGGCUAAGUAUACGGCAAACAAACACAGAAUGGACAAUUGUAUUUAUUGUAGCAAAUCACCUUUGUCUGAUUUUUUGAUAGUACCUGAACUUGCAUCAUUUGAAGAAUGUGUUAAAUGGAAAAUGUAUUCAGAGAAAAUACUACCUUCCUUUGUGUAACAUAGAAUGCAGUUUGGCAUUAGGUAACACUAAAGGCAAAAGUGAAUUAAAUAAAAAUAUGUUGGGAGAACAUGAAUGUGCAACAUAUGACAUAAGAACUGAAUGUUCCUCAUAAUGAUAGGUUUACUAUUGUAAAAAGAAAAAAUGAAUGUUUCUACAGCUAUGGAGAUAAUGGGAUGGAUGUGGGAAAGACUAUAGUUAAUUGAAUAAACUAUUUGGGUGUUAGAAACUGCAGGAGUUAGUAAAUUUGAUAAAGGAAUUGUUGUGAAACACAAAGGUAAAUGUGGUAAUAUAACUCAAGUAACAUUAUAUCUUGAAAUGUUAAAGAAUCAGGAUUAAGGAAUAGCUGAUCGUUUCUGGAUGAGUGGACAUACUAUAUGCUCAUUGCUUCUUCACAAUAUAAUGAUUGAUUAUAAGUGUUUUAUUUUUUACAGACUAGAUAUUUUACUCCUAUCUAUGUUAUUGUUUGGAGAUGUUUGGUCUAGUUAGAUUUUGUAAGUGUUUUAUGUUUCAAAUUGGAUCUUUUACUCCUAUCUGUAUUAACGUUUGGAGAUGUUUGGUCCAGUUGACCUAUAUGCUUUAUUCACAGUUAACCUGUAUGCUUUAUUCACAGUUGAUAAUCUUUUUGCUCAUCUUUGGUAUUGACCUUCACCAUCUUGAUAUCCUUUUAGUAUAGUGUGUGGGACUGAUUAGCCCAGAGGAGGGAUUUGUGGUAGUUAUUGUUAUAUAUAGAGACAGAUAUGACACUAUUGAGCAAAGACAGGUGUACAUUAGACCACAAGAGGAGAAGGCGACACUUGAGUGCAUUUGCCAUUCUGGAAAGAACAGGAAACCAAAGAUUAGCAGACAUGAGUGAAGGGCCACAGGCUGGAGGGAACAGGAAACCAAGAAUUAACAGACAUAAUGGCCAAAGCCAUAAAAUGCAUAAAUGCUUAGGGUAAAGAGAAAGAGGCGACACUUAAGUGCAUUGUCUAUUGUAGAGGACAGGAAACCAAAGCAAGGAUAUGAGUCCAUAGGACAGCUGGACAUACUGAGGUCAGAGGGACAAACAAAAGAGGGUGCCAGCCAAAUGACCAACAGAUGGACUAUAGACAUAGUACAUAUAUCCAUCUUAGGACACGAAAGGGUCCUGCCACCAUUGUAAUCUAAUCAAGAGCGGAUACAGGCGUUAUUGGGCAUGAACAAGCAGGAAGCCUGAACUGAAAGAUAAUGGUGGCAGAUGACCUGAGGGAAGUAACUUCAAUAACAUGUGGAAUGGACUCAUAUGCUGUGUGUAUAAAUACAGAGCCAGUGCUCUGGGAAAGGGUGUGUUCCGCGGACCAUCUAGGCUUCUGAUAUAUUUGUAUUAAAGUCUAUAUUAAAGUC